UUGAUUGAUUUGGUUGCUAUGGUGAACGGUGGUGUUAGCCUUGGUUACAGUGACGUCCAUUUCGGUCAUGCCAGAAACUUAAUAAGAGAAGGCAGGUCCAGCAGUAUGGCUGAUGGAUGGGAGACUGCUAGAAGGCUUGAUAGACCAUCCAUAUUGGAAGCUGAUGACAAAGGUGUACUGAUUGUACCUGGUAAGGAAUGGUGUGUAUUCAGACUUGGACAUCCGGGAAUUAUAAAAAAUAUAGAGAUUGACACCAAUCAUUUUAAAGGGAAUUAUCCAGAUUCUUGCUACAUUGAGGGUAUGUGA